GCUGGAUAUGAAGUGGUGUAGAGUUACAAUAUAUUUACAGUAGUGGAAACCUGGGAUCAAAACAACCUCCGAGGGAGAGGGAAAUAUCAGCCAAUUUGUGUUCACCUGGAACUUGAAGCCUCUCAAAGGACCCGUGGGUGGUCCUCAGACCUCACUUUGGAAACCCUCCUGCCUCAGCCUCAUGCAGUUUGAACUCCAUGAGAAGAUUACAUCUCCUGUCUAUGAGGAGAGCCAGGGUUGGAUUGUAAGGGAGGCUUGGUCGCUGAAAAGGUGGAGUAAAUAGUGUGUGAAAAUACCAAAACAAGCUAUCCACAGGUGUGUCGGAUGAAAGAACAGAUUUGUCCCUUCGGUGAAGCUCGGAUAAUACGGAUUUGUGAUGGAGUGGCGCGAGCAGUCCGAGGUCAGCUGCGACGAGGCGUACUUGGAGGCACAGAGAUGGAUUGAGGCAGUAACCAAGAAAACACUUGGGAGCGACGACUUCCGAUCAGCGUUGGAGAAUGGAGUUCUGCUGUGUGAUUUGAUCAACAACAUCAAGCCUGGAAUCAUCAAGAGAGUUAACAGGCUGCCUACACCUAUAGCUGGACUGGACAACCUGAACGUCUUCCUCAAGGCUUGCGGGAAGUUAGGACUAAAGGAAGCGCAGCUCUUUCACCCAGGAGAUCUUCAAGAUUUAUCAACAAGAGUAACAGUCAAGCAUCAAGAGACCAACAGGAGACUGAAAAAUGUUUUGAUCACCAUAUAUUGGCUGGGAAGAAGAGCUCAGUGUGACCGUAUCUAUGAUGGGCCUUACCUGAAUUUGAAGGCAUUCGAGGGCUUAUUGGGCACAGCGCUAUACAAGGCUCUGCAGGAAUCGCCCAGUCAGAAAGGCAGCAGUGUCAGAGACAGCGGUUUUGGAGAUAGCUGGUACUCAGAGAGAGAGGAGCUCUUCCAACUGAGAGAAGGAGGAGGAGGAGGAGGAGACAGACACCGGAGAGACGACUCCCUGGACAGCUUGGACUCUUUGGGCUCCCGACCCCAGAGCAUCUCAUCUGAGAUCACUCUUAAAGGCAGCGUCGAGGCUCCAGGUUUUUGCAGCGACACCGAGGUAGACUCUGUCUUCAGGAUGGCAGAGAACAAGGACGGUCUUAGUUACCGGCGGUCAGUAGUCAUCACACCCAAGGCCACCGCCCAGUUCAACCAGUUCCUUCCCAGUAAAGACAAAGCGUCAGCCUACGUGCCGGCUCCGCUGAGGAAGAAACGGGCCGAGCGCAAUGAGGACCACCGGCGCAGCUGGGCCAACCCCAUAUACACAGAGGAUGAAGGCGCACUGACCAGCGACUGCUCUGGCCAAAGUCAAGUAUCCCAGAGUGCCUUGCCUGCGGCUCAUGUACCGUUGGCCUACGAGUAUGAAAGCGGCAGCGACUCUGACGCAGAACGACCGGACCCCGACCUUGUUCUGGACGACCUGGCCAGCAGACGCUUCCACAGCCCCUCCCCGGCUCCUCCAACCAACUUCGCCUUGCCCGCCACUCCCCUGGCAGCAGGAAGGGCGCCUGCCGGUAGCGGGGGCCCCUGGCCUAAGGUCAAUAUGACCCCCAAUGUUGCCCCUCCACAGAAUGUGACCUGCCUCAGCAGCGGCGUCAACAGUGGGGAAAUGCAGCCCCCCCGGCAGGGCUCCGAGAGGGAGGACCACCGCCGGCCCGUGUCCACCGACAGCCUGUUCAGGGAGAUUUACGGUGACUCUGACGAUGAGGACGAGGAGGAGGGCUAUGCUGACCCCGUCCAAGAUGACCUCUACUCUCGCAAGAUGGGCAUCAAACCUCAGCCUGUUGCCAAAGUGUCUUAUGACAAGUUUUUACCAAAGUUCUGGAGCCCUGAAGAAGACGUUCACAUACAGAAGAUUAAAAUGGGCUCUCAGAAGAGACCCUGGUACAAGAAGAUACAAGGCUUCAGCCAUAAGAAGUCGGGCUCUUCGUCAGAUGAUUCGGACUGUGACACCAUUCCUUGGCUCUCCCCCGCCACCCCCUCUCACUCCGGCCCCUCCCCCUCUCACUCCCACACACACGAGGCCUCGGCUCACACCACCCUCGUUGUGGGGAAAAGGUCGAUAAAGCUGCAUGAUUGUGACAAUGAAGGAAUGAUUUUGAUCAAAAUCAGUUUGAAUCAAAUAUCACUACUGUGGCUGCUCAAUGUAUCUCGUCCUCCUUUUCUUGCUCUUCGAUCCAUUUCACAUGCAUGCACUCAUCACCUCUCUGUCCUUUUUCUCUUCUUCUGCCCAACCUGCAGUCCUCAUAUUCAAGCACACACUCUCCCACAGUUCCCCAAGAUACAGUCCCCUCUGUUAGAGACCCCCCCUCUGGUGUUUGCCCCAGUGGACCCUGCCUCGGGUCCCAGGCUGGUCAAAUGUGAGAGGUGGCCCCUCUUAGGGCGCCAAGACCCCAGGGAGCCCCCGGAUAUCUUUGAUUAUGACAGCAUAGUCCCUGAUUUGGAGAAUGAUGACAUGUUUACCAGGCGAACCCUUACCUUCCAGUCCAACACAGACAUGGCUUUGAUGAAGACGCAGCUGUCUGCUCACCGUCGUCUCUACACCUCUGAGCCGCAACUCAACAUCAUCACCCAGCGACACGGCAUCACAGAGGACAGCGAGUUCCCUGAUAUCGAGCAGGACGACGUUGUUUAUCGUAAGGAGAAAUCUCAGAAGGAACAGCGGCCCCUCUCCGGAGCCCCUGACAACUACGCCCCUAUGUCCAUCCCAGAGCCAUGGGAUCUGCCUCCUGAGCUCAAAGCCAGACUCCUGUGCCCCCCAUGUCCUCUGAUCAAGGAGGUAGCAGCAAACAAACAGAAUGAGGAUUCGAAUGAGAUGCGUCCUAAAACGGAUGACAUGCUGGUCAGGAAAUGUGGAGUUUGUUCUGAUCAGAGCCAGAGCUCUCUGAUGACGCCCUCAGUGCCUUCUUUCUGUAGUGAAGGUGACCUGCAGAAAUGGAAGGCUAUCAGGGAAGCCAGUCAGCUGAGACAUAGGAAGAGGCUCAUGGUGGAGAGGCUGGCUGCUCUGAGGUUGAAGGAGAAGAUUUCUGUAACAGUGCCUGUUGGUUUCUCCUCACCUUGUAGACCGACCGAGUUUCUACAGCACCGAAUGCAAGAGAGUAUCGACGGGAGUAAAUCAACAAGUGAUAUCCAGGUUGAGCCCAGUGUCAACCGGCAGGUUCGAUACGAAGAGCUUCAGCAGGUUCGGGAGAAGACAAAGGAAAGUGAUGAUAGGUGGCAGGAUGACCUGAGCAAAUGGAAGAACCGACGCAGGAGUGUCAACUCUGAUAUCGUGAAGAAGAAAGAGGAAAGGGAGAAGGUAGAGGAGACUACGUACAGCAGCAGCGGCAGCAGCAGCAACAGAAGGUCCAAGACCCUCAAGGAGAUGCAAGAGGACAGAGGAAAUAAAGGAAGGAACAGCAUCGGCAGCCGUAUGUCAUCUCUGUCUUACCAGGACGACGACGAAGUCUUUGAUAAACCUGUCACUUCCCCACGUAUCCGAACCCUUCCUGCCAGGAGCUACACUAUUGACACUCCUUACCAUUCCUCUGAGCCUUCUCUGAAAGAGGUCGAACCCCCCGCUGCCUCCCCAGCUACUGGCAGGGCCGCCUCCCCUCCCACCUCACGGGAAGUUGACAUUGUGGAUAGAUCUGCAGGCAGCUACGCCACGACCACCAAUACUCCCACCUUCACUCCCAGAAGCCGCAGAUCUCCUUCUUCAGCACCUAUAGAGAGGAGUCCAGUCACAGAACGCAAAAGCACAGUCAAGACAGAGGAGACCACCACCAGCUUCACCCCCUCCUUCACUCCCAGCAGCCGCAGAUCUCCUUCUCCAGCACCUUUAGAGAGGAGUCCAGUCACAGAACGCAAAAGCACAGUCAAGACAGAGGAGACCACCACCACCUUCAUCCCCUCUUUGAUUCCCAGCAUCACUCCCAGUAUCCGCAGAUCGCAUUCUCCAACUUUUGCACCUUUAAACUGGAGUCCAGUUGCAGAACGCAAAAGCAGAGUCAAAACAGAGGAGACCACAACCACAGUCAUCUCCUCUUCUAGCUCCGUACAAAAGGCGCCGGAGUCUAGGCGCCCAUUGUCGCGCAUACAGACUGAGGUGGGGGCCCCCUCCUCUGGUUUUCUGUACAAACAACAACCACAGACCAGCUCGAUGGAACCCAAGCCUCCCGGGGUGUCUCAUGUUUCCGCCUCCCUCCCCAGGAGCUACCAGAAAUCGGAUAGCGCACGUAUAACCUCAGUUGUCACGGCAAGGCCCUUCGGGACCCAGUCGUCCCGCCUCAGCUCCAUGCCCCGUCCGUUCAUAGCCGGACAGACGGACACCGCUCAGAAGCGUGUCAACGGCAGCGCAGAUGUUCCGAAGAAGCCGUCGGUGCCGAGCCGCUAUCAACAGUUCAUGACCUCUGAGGACGAGGCUCAAUCUCAGUCCAGCUCAGUCCACAGCAGUGAGGACGAGGAGGACGAGGAAGAAGAAGAAGAAGAAGAGAAGACCACAGUGAAGGGCAUGACCUCUAUUAAGAGUGUCUCACCUGUCCCUCCUCAAUUCAAGAGUGAAACUCCAGUCAGUCCUGCUCCUGCCAAAGAAACUAGCCAGGAGAACUACUGUGAGAUGCGGAUCAGCCUGAACCAGAAGCCUAACAGGCAGCAAGGCUUCCAGGCAGUGUGGGACUCGACAGGAGCUCGUGUCACCACCAUCCAGCCAGUUAGUUUGCUCUUGUUGUACUUGUUCCUAUAUGUGCAAGCUUGUCAACCCUGUGUUGCUUCAGUAUUUGACCUUGAGGUAGACCUCAUUGUUUUUGUUCUGUCUGUCAAUGUCAGAAGUAUUGAUCGUAUGAUUGUUCUCUUUCAAGGAGGAUCAGAGUCUGCAAUGCCAGAUAUUCUUGUUCCCCCAAUCGUUCCUUCCAGCCGCUGGUCCUGGGACCCCGAAGAGGAGCGCAAAAGACAGGAGAAAUGGCAGAAGGAGCAGGAGCGCCUCCUACAGGAGAAAUAUAAGCGCGACCAGGAGAAGAUGCAUGAGGAGUGGAUGAAGGCUCAGCAGGAGGUGGCCGACAGCGUAGCAGAAGAAGAUGAGCCAGAGAGCCCGGUGGUGGACAGACACAGCCUCAGCCCACACUCACCCGUCUCCCCCUUCAACCCGCCAGCCUUUCUUUCAUGGGAGGAGGAGGAGAGAAAGAGGAAAGCGGAACAGGAGCGCCAAAGGCUGGAGGAAGAGCAGGAACGCCAAAGGCUGGAGGAAGAGCAGGAACGCCAAAGGCUGGAGGAAGAGCGGGAACGCCAAAGACAGGCGGAGGAGAGGAGGAAGAGGGAGGAGGAGGAGGAGGAGGAGCGUGAGCUGCUGCGUCUUCAGGAGGAGAGAAAGCAGAAAGAAAGACAGGAGGAAGAGGAGAGAAAGAUGAGGGAGGAGGAAGAGCUGAGAUGGCAGAAGAGGAGAGAGGAGGAGAGGCGGCAGGAAGUUGCAGAGCAUCAGCGCAGAGAGCGGGAGAGAGCCCAGCAGCAGCAGUGGGCCGGUGACUCCCAUGGCUUUGCCAAUGUCCAGCCGUCUCUGUCCUUUACAGACAGGUCAGUACUGUACAGGACGGGCUGUGUUUGCCUUUGUCAAAGUGCAUCUGCAGUCAUAACAUAAUGCUACUUUCUGUGUUCAGCUAUUUGUGCUCAUAUUACCUGCUUGCUUCAUACUAUGUUAUAAUAAAAACAACUAUCUCUUACAAUGUAUUAUAGCAUGUCUGAAUAAUGACUUUAACAGGUUGUGUUGGCAACGCUUUAAUUUAGGUCCUAGUAUUUAUGAGCACUACAGUAUAUGAUACUUUAAUAAAUGGUAGUUUGGAGCAGAUAUAAGUGUUUGUUAAUGUAUUUGUCACUAACCAAAACCCCUUCUGUGGACACUGGAGGCUGCUGUAUAACGAUCUGGUAAAACACAGUUGUAAUUUAUACAUAAAA